AUGGCAUCUUUCUCCGGUAUCGUAGGUAUCGUGUUCUCGUGUAUUUUCGGUGUCGCUGUCGCUCAAUUAUCUUCUGAUUUUUACGCAACUUCAUGCCCCAAAGCUCUCUCCAUUAUCAAUGACACAGUUGUUAAGGCAGUCCAGAAAGAACUCCGCAUGGGAGCUUCUUUGCUCCGACUUCAAUUCCAUGAUUGCUUCGUUAAUGGUUGUGACGGUUCUGUCUUACUGGAUCAAACAUCCAACAUAACGGGAGAGAAAGAUGCGCUUCAGAAUCAGAAUUCUUUGAGGGGAUUCGAAGUGGUUGACGACAUAAAAGCGGAGCUCGAACAUGCUUGUCCUGGAGUUGUCUCCUGUGCUGACAUUUUAACCGUUGCAGCUCGUGAUUCUGUUGUCGCCUUGGGCGGUCCUUCUUGGGCUGUGGAGCUAGGAAGAAGGGAUUCUUUGAAUGCAAGUAAAGAAGCAGCCGAGAAAGACCUCCCUGUAUUCUCCCAUGAUCUCGAGACUCUCACCGCACUCUUUGCAAGAAAGGGUUUCAAUGCCUCCGAACUAGUGAUUCUAUCAGGAGGUCACACCAUUGGGAGUGCAGCAUGUGUAACUUAUAGAGUCCACAUAUACAACGACACAUACAUAGAUCCCGUUUUCCGACAGUCUCUGCAAUCGAUUUGCAAAUUUAGAGGUCCGAUUGAUCCUUUGGCGGCUCUUGAUAACACGGCCGACGUCUUCGACAACGAGUUCUUCAAAGAUCUAUUGCACUUGAAGGGUGUUCUUAGGACAGAUCAAGUGCUUUACCAUAAUGCUACCACAGACGAGCUGGUGAAGACAUAUAGUAACAACUCUGCUUUGUUUUUCUCUGAUUUCGGAGCUGCAAUGGUUAAGUUGGGAAAGCUCGACGUGCUUCUUGGAUCGCAAGGACAAAUCCGAACUAAUUGCAGGAAAGUUAACGAAUAG